AUGUACGGCGGUUAUCAUCGGUGGCUGCCAGGCGGCGUUCGUAUAAAGAAAAUCCUAGAGCGGGUCGCCGGAAGUCUCGAUUGCGGGGUCCAGAAAAACCUCGAACCGGCGUUCACGAACUAUCCAGAGGAACCAAUCUCAUCAGUAGCUUCUCCGCCUUCGCGAAAUCAAAUUCUCUGCAGCAUCGCAAUCAUGUCUAAAUUUUUUGUUGUUUUGAUCGCUGUACUAGCUACCGCCGUCGCCAAAAAACAAAAAUUGAGCGUGAUUGUCCCAGAACCAGAAACUCAAUCCACUGAUCACGUUGCCACCAUUGAAUUCUCAAGCGACUAUUCGUCUCACGGAGGCAAGAAGUACUCUUCUAGCGCUGAACUCACCAGUUUGGCUCACUCUUCGGCACUUCAAGCCAGAACAGCUGUGCAAAAUCAGCAAACAGCCGGCGUCCAAGCAGCUGCAGGAGCUCAGAACGGAUUUGCUCGUGCCGCACAAGAAGCAGCUCACGCUGCAAGAGUAGCUUUAGUCGCCAAGCAAGUUAUUGUUCAAAAUUUACAGGUGCAAGUUGAGGAUGCUGAACAUCAAUUGCAAGCUGAAGAGGGACAGUAUCAACAAGCUCUCGAAGCCGCUGAUGCAGCUCAAAAUGCCGUCCAGCAAAGCCAGCAGCAAUUGACUGCCGCUACUGCUGCUCUUGCCGCUGUGCAACAAUCUUCCACUCAAACAGAACGUGCCGCCUCUGCUGCGUUACAGGCUGCUGCCGCUCAACAUCAAAUGAUUCAAGAUGCUCAGCAAAGACUUGGAAGGUUGCAUCUUCGAUUGGAUGAAGCCUUAGCUGGACUAGCUGAAACUCAGCAGUCGGCUCAAAGAGCCGCUGCUGCCGCUCAACAAGCUCAAAAUAAUGCGGAAGCUUCUGCACUACUGGUCGUAGCAAACAGCGCUGCUAGUCAGAUUAGUGAACAUGAUUCAAAUCUUUACCAUCAUUAGGUUCUGAGAAGACUGACAGUUUCGUGUUCAUUCAUUCUGUGUACAUUCAUUGUUAUUGUUUAUAUUUAAGU